UGUGGGUCUAUUGGAUGUGUAAAAAAGAGAACAAUUAAUCCCUCCACCUCUUUCUGUUGCACAAAAAGGCUUUCUUCUUGCGUUUACACAUGUCCUGUUGUCUGUUUCCACGUGUUCCAGCCACUUCCAUAGUCCCGCCCCCGCUUUUCUCAACUCCGUCUCUGAUUGGUCGAGCCAUCAAUUAAUCUCGCGACAGCGGCUCCUCCCACCUCCAGGUUCGUCCUGACAGCUCUCUCCUGACGUUACAGGUUCCGCCCCAACACGGAAAUGUGGGAAAGUGACAGGAGAAAGUUGUCAUGGAUAUAAAGCGGUACUUUAAUUUUCACCACAUUCGUUAGAGACGUUGGCAAUGUGGCCGACGGACGCCGGAAAUGAAGAGAGAGUUCGACCUCUGUCGUUAGUUUAACAGCUUUGACUGAGUCUGUUGGAUUGUGUCGGACCACCAUGAAGCCGAGGGUUUUAGGGGUCAUGAAGGGUCGCCUUCUGCUGUCUCUUCUUCUUCUGUCCUGCGAAAACAAACUACUUCAGGUUGGGGGAGUCCGAUCAGUCACACUCCCAGAGUCCCUUCUGUUUGUCUCCACCCUGGACGGCAGUCUGCAUGCCGUCUCCAAGCAGACAGGAGACAUCAAAUGGACUUUAAGAGAAGACCCAGUUAUUCAAGUGCCCAACUACCUCGCAGAGCCUGGUUUUCUCCCAGAUCCUAAUGAUGGCGGUUUGUAUGUGCUUGAAGGAAAACACAAGGAGGGCUUGAUGAAAUUGCCUUUUACCAUCCCAGAGCUGGUCCAAUCCGCACCCUGCAGAAGCUCUGAUGGCAUGCUCUACACAGGAAAAAAACAUGACGUGUGGUUUGUAGUGGAUCCUGAAACGGGCGAAAAGCAAACAAGUUUAACCACUUCCUCCUCUGAGUCCAUCUGUCCCAACACUCCUCUGCUCUACAUCGGACGCACCGAGUAUAUGGUUACCAUGUUUGAUACUAAGACCCAAGAGCUUCGAUGGAAUGCUACGUACAACGAUUAUUCUGCUCAUCCUUACGAUGAGAAGCAAGACUACAAAAUGGCUCAUUUAGUGUCCAGCGGGGAUGGUUUGAUGGUGACGGUCGAUAGGGAAUCAGGCGAUGUCCUGUGGACUCAAAACUAUGGUUCGCCUGUUGUAGGGGUGUACCUCUACUAUGAAGACUCACUGAGACAUGCCCCUCAUCUCUCGCUCGCCAUAGAGACGCUACGCUUUCUCACCUUCUCCUCUGCCAAAGACCAGGCAGAAGCUCACUCUACACUAAAGUGGAGCUAUCAGUUUGUGACGGAACAAGCCAGUGCUCAAACCCAGCUAAUACCCACUCUCUAUGUCGGAAAACUUGACUCCCACCUUUAUGCUUCAACUUCACUCGUCCAUCGUGGAGUGUCACUGGUGCCCCGGGGACUGACGCUGGCUCGGAUCGAGGGUCCGGUGACGGCCGGGGUGACGGUCAGUCAGAGAGGGGAAUGUGAGAUCACUCCUUCCACUGAUGUUCAGUAUCCACCAGGGAGCACAACCAGCCAGAAGAACCACUGGCUGCUAAUAGGCCACCAUGAGGUCCCUCCAUUAGCCCACACAACCAUGCUGAGGGAUUUUCCAGCCAACCUGCAGCAUUCUGGUGAGGCCGUCAUCCCACCUCGAACGUCUGCCUCUCCCGUCUCCUCUGCAUCCUACUACCAUCAGCGCUAUUUUCAGACUGAUGCUGGCAGCCACAGUGACCAGAAAGGAGAGGUUAGUGGGAAGACCACAGGGCAGACUCAGAGGCCAGCCGCCGUGUUGCCCGUCUACCUGACGGAGGACCGUCUGAUGCUGGCGGUUCUGACGAUGCUGGUUGGAGGAUGGCUUGCCUUCAUGUUCACUCUCCCUCUUCGUAAAGCUCAGCAGCUGAAAGCUCAAAGACAGCUGGAGGAGGUCUUUCAGUCUCGUCUUCAACAAAUGCAGACCAGCAUGCAGACAAAUCUUCAGCCAGUCACCUUGGUUUCUGCAGAUGGGAGCAUGUCAAUUGACCCAAACAUCACAACUGAUUCUCCGGCUGCAUCAAAUGAUGAUUCUUCUAAUCUCCAGAAUCACAACAGAAGAAUUUCAGAUUCAGAUAAAAACGGCUCAGUUGAUCUCAAACCUUCAGCCGCAGAAAGUGGUAAUGAAGUGCUGGUAGGAAAAAUCUCCUUUACACCAACCGAUGUUCUCGGACAUGGCACAGCUGGAACCUUUGUCUUUAGGGGCAGCUUUGAUGGACGGAACAUUGCUGUUAAGAGAGUCCUGCCGGAGUGUUUUGAGGUAGCCGAGCGAGAGGUGCAGCUUCUCCGGGAAUCCGACACACACCCAAACGUCAUCCGGUACUUCUGCACAGAGAGAGACCACCUCUUCACCUACAUCGCCAUCGAGCUUUGUGCUGCAACCCUGCAACAGUACGUAGAGGAUUCCUCUUGUUUUCCUGAGCUGGAUCAUAUAAGCCUCCUGGAGCAGACCAUGUGUGGCCUCACUCAUCUGCACUCACUCAGUAUAGUCCAUCGUGACCUAAAGCCCAGAAACAUUCUCCUCUCUGGUCCAAAUGCCCUGGGUCAAGUUCGGGCUCUCAUCUCUGACUUUGGACUCUGUAAGAAGAUCCCAGACGGUCGGAGCAGCUUUUCAUUGCGCUCUGGAAUACCGGGAACUGAAGGAUGGAUAGCUCCCGAAGUGCUGCGAGAUACACCUGGAAAUAAACCUACAUCAGCAGUGGACGUGUUCUCAGCAGGAUGUGUGUUUUACUAUGUGGUCAGCAGAGGGCAGCAUCCUUUUGGCGAUGCUCUGAGACGUCAGGUCAACAUCCUUUCAGGAGAGUAUUCCCUCUCACACUUCAUGGAUGAUAUUCACGAUGAUGUCAUAGCGAAGGAUCUGAUUGAGCAAAUGAUCAGCGCUGAUGCAGAUUCACGGCCCUCCACCGCAUGCGUGCUCAAACAUCCGUUCUUCUGGAGCCCUGAGAAGCAGCUGCUCUUUUUCCAGGAUGUCAGCGACCGCAUAGAGAAGGAGCCGGCUGAAAGCCCGAUUGUGGUCCGAUUGGAGACAGCAGGAAGAGCAGUAGUCCGAACCAACUGGAGGAUGCACAUCUCUGUCCCUCUACAGACAGAUUUGAGGCGGUUCCGGACGUACAAAGGAAACUCUGUAAGAGAUCUGCUCAGAGCCAUGAGGAACAAGAAGCAUCACUACCACGAGCUGCCUCCGGAGGUUCAGGACACCCUCGGUGAGCUGCCCGAAGGCUUCGUCGGCUACUUCACCUCCCGGUUUCCACGGUUACUGAUGCACACGCAUGCCGCCCUGCAAAUCUGCGCCUACGAGAGGCUGUUUCACCCCUACUAUCUACCACCCAAAGCCAAAUAGCUGUCACUCAGCACUCCACGUUUUAUGCACAGAAAGAAAAAGAGCCUUUGAGGGUACCCCAUUAUUGCUUUUGUAAAGCCUACACUGUUUCGGGGGGGAAGUUAUAGUGCUGUGAAAACGUUUUUAUAUGCCUUUGGAAGAUUUUAAAAUUAUUUUUAUUGUGUUUUAUUAUACCUCUCCUUCAUAAAGUCUGGAAACAGUUUAAUAAAACAGCAUUUUUAUUGAAAACAAAACGUUGCUGAGAAAUAAGACCCUAAACCAAAUAAGACUAACAUUAUAACCGACUCCUGGUAAAGAUGUGAAGAGCCUUAAAAUGAAUAAAUGUUUUGCUUAAGUAGAUUAAUCUCAGUUUGCUGCAGUUCCCUUACCACCUCUCUCACUGCGGCUGCAGGUUCAAGCACUUUUAGACUUUGAAAGAUUAACACACACCUGCCUUACAUGAAUGGGUAGGUUCUUUUGUCUUUCCCAUUUUGAACAGUGGCUAAGAGAAAUAAGCCUCUGUGUGUGUGGUCAUAGUUAUACCCCAUGGAAAUGUAUUAAUUAGGUAAUGAAUUAAUAAGCUCUUUAAGACUCAUCAGCUAAUAAGUAUUAUUUCAUUGUAUUUAUUUAGUGCCAAUCCACAACAAAUGUCAUCUGAAGGCCUUUAGAAAACAAAGGUCAAUCCAAUCAGACAGAUUCCAUAUUAAUUAUAUUAAGACACAAAUUCUUAGAUGUGUUUACCGCUGCCACCACAGUUUUCAUUUACAGGCUGGUUUUGGAGGUCCAGAUUAUAUUCGACUAAACUAAAUUUGUCCUACAAAAACCAUGAUUAAUAUUUAGUAGGAAUAGUUGAGGUCACAUUUUCUUUAGCGUUGUAAUGGUUUUGACAGGAUCAUUAAGUGUGAUUUAUUUAAUUUAUCACAUUUUUAGUGUUUUUUUUUUUUACAUUUUUCUUGUUUAAAGACUUCAAACAAGUCUCAAAUUAAUUUAAUUAGUGGUUUCCUCUGACCAACAUGUCAAGAUUAAUGAGUCGGUUCCAAGAGAAAGUUCUCUGGAGGAUGUUGCUAGUGGAGACCAUCUCCAGCAAGAUCUAAUCAGACGUUUUCUUCUUCUCAAUAAACGUUCUACAUUUUUAUUUUAAGGACUUUAAAACAUUUUCUAAUGUGAGAAUAGUGCAAUAAAAGAUUAUUUUCUUUUCAGACUUUUUUCACAUAGUUACCAGGAAUUGCCAGUAAAUGUAUGAUACAAGUGUAAUAAAUAGCACAAAAUACUCCAGACUAAAAAUAAAGACACUUUAACUGUUAAAAUAACUAUAAAGCUGUGUCUAAAACAAAUGUAACACUUUUUUGUUACUUUCACAAUGAUAGUAAAGAAUUCAAAUCAGGAGGCCAAAAAAUGGCUUAAAUUAAAAUAUUUUUUAAAACCAAAAAUAGAUUUGAAUGAAAUUCAGAAACUUCUAGUGUUGAAUUUAGCACACAAACUUUGUCGCAGCACUGUGGGUCGAAGAAACACUGGACACACCUAAUGUAAUAAAAAAUAAAACAUAAAAAACUCUUUAAGGUUUUACAUGUUUACUCCAUUGAAGCAGUUAAAUGUUGCUUUGUAUCGUUGAUGGUAGCGACACUGACUCACUCAGCUGUGAUCCUUAUCCCCUCAAUGAAGGUAGAACACCAAGCAUUUCAAACUGGAUCACAGAUGUAAUUCAGACAAAGACGAAACGCACCUGAAAAAUCUGAUUAACAAACAGCUCUGGUGAUUUAGCGCUUAAUAACGUCCGUCUGAACGGACGGUUCCAGACCUGUGGCGAUUCUGUUGGAACAACAUGAAAGAUCGCCAUAUUUCUGCCACAUAAAUGCUUAUUUUCCUUCUGAAAACUGCUGGAUGUUAAGCUUGUUUUUUUUGUUUCUUUACCAGCAUGAAUGAUGAAAGAUAAACUUUUGUACUUUUUUUGAAUGAGCGAAUUAAAGUAAUGCUUUGGGUGUGCCAAAGAAUUAAAUGAA